CACAUUGUCCCUGAGACCUCUUGCAUUUAAAGAAAUAAAAGAUAUACUCAUUUUUAACAUUACAAGUUACUGCUGAUAAAAGCAAAACAAUUCAGCAGCAACAACCAUGGAAAUAUAAACAGUAGAAAAAGCUUUCUUAACUCUCCUUUAGAAGUAGAAAUUAGAAAUCCUCUUACAUCAAAACCAAAAAUAAAUACCCCACUAUUAAAUUGCAGUUCCAGAUUUAUUUCCAUAUCUAUACCUGUUGAUCUCUCAUUCUUCAGCAUAAAUUCGGCGACCAUUUAUGAAGCCGGAGGAUCCGCGGUAAUAUGCUUUUUCACCAGCUUUCCUUGCUUGCUGAAUCUGCGGCCAAAGUUUGUCCCUUUCCUUUUUGGUUAACCUCCAUAUGCCAUUUCUGUGCUGCCAUUUGGUAAAAUGUACAAUCACCUCACAGGUCCUGUUCUCCUCCUUCCUCCCAAGGCAAUGCAUUAUCAACAUACUCGUCCAUCUUUUCUUACCAUUCUGGAGUGAUGUCCCCAAGUAACUGAACUACAUCUUGCCUGAUGUUUUCAUCCAUCAUCUCCUUCAUUACUCUAAUCCUCAAAUUCCACUGCUGUUUGUACCGAUCCUGUUCUCUUGAUCUCAACUUCUUUUUGUAAGAUGGACACCUGAGCUUCCAGAACGGAGAUCUUGUUCUUACACUCUUUCAACCCUGCAACGUUGUACUCAAUGGACUUUUACAUGGUUGAAUUGUCCAUUUUACUUAUUUGGUAGGGGUAAAGAGAUCAGAAAACCUAAUUUGAGGAUCUUCACGUGCUCUAACUAUACACAGCUGCUCAGUCCGCCAUCUUGCCGGAAUGUCCUCAUGACUAUAGGUAUUUGAAGUGGUUUUCUGUCGUGUAGUGGGUGUGUCUGAGCGUGUUACCCAAUCAGCAGACGUGUGUAUAAACCCACCGUAUUAAAAAAGACAGUGCGCAUGCGUAACACAACAGGGUGUUGAACGCACCAUCGUGUGUCUAAUUGAACGUUUUUCCACGUUUUACCGGAGCUGACCGAGCCUCCACUGUCACUAGCACACCGUCUGUCUGAGCUGCCUCCAUGAGCCGCGCUGUUCAUCGUGAACCGGUUGUUUAGGUGAUUUUCACACGUACGUUUGAUAAUUUACGACACAUUGUGUCUCCGCAGGGCAUUACUGCCACUGUUAGACCAGCCAAUGAGCGAGCGUUCACGGACGGUCUUCCAGGCCUUCCAUUGGCUGAAGGCUACGUCAGUCUGCGCGGCUGACGGUAGGUUGUAGAGCAGGUGAAAUGUUGACUGUGGUUCAUAGGGCAACAAACAGCACCGUACGCAGCCCGGGGACACCAAUGGUGGAGAGGGAGAGGUCUGAGAGACCGUGACUGGGGCUGGAUGGAGAGCUGAAAGUGAAUAUGAGGCUUACGUCCUUAAUGAUGUUCAUGUCUCCGCUGCUCUUACUUAUUUUCUCUGUAUGUGUCGGAUUUUCUCAAGCUGCUCCUCGCAUCAGCUCCUACGAUGCGUCGCCAAUUUCCAGGAAGCCCGGCUCAGCCUCCGACACCUGGGGGAGCCUCCACACCGACAUGCCUCGUUCUUCAGGCGAGAGGAGCGUUUAUCCUGGGCCUCUAACCGGUCUCACACCGCGGCCUGGCAUUGUUUCUGCCGGCUCGACCGCCACCACAAGCCCCGUUUCUAAAACUGCGUCCACCUUCCAGCCUCCUACAACGGACCCGGCCGCCUCCACUGCUGUCGAUACUGGAAUAAUUUCAGCCACUAAAGAACUAAUAACGGCGCCCAUCUUUAGCCUAACUGGCGCCCGCAAAAGAUCCACCGAUGCCCAGACAUCCUUCUUCGCUCCGGAGAAAAUGCAGCAGACACUGGUGUCCAUGGUUUCACAGCGCUCCACCAACGACGCCUGGGCUGCAGAUAAUAUCGGCUCAUCUUUCACCUCAGUAGAGAACAGUCAAGAGAGCUUUUGUAACUGCAGCAGUGGCGGCGAGGGGAUUAUGGAUCCAGACGAGUGUGACAAGGUCACCGGCCAGUGCUCGUGUGUGUCGGGUUACGCAGGUCUGCAGUGCGAGGACUGUGAAGAGGGACACUUCACCAACGGCACAAGCGGCUGCCUGCCCUGCGCUUGUGACUCCUUCGGCGCAGUUAACCACCUCUGUGACAGCUCAGGGAUUUGUGUGUGCAAGACGGGAGUGUAUGGACCCAAGUGUGAUGAGUGCCAUCCGGGGUUCUUCCACUUCAGCAGUACUGGCUGCCGACCCUGCCAGUGUUACAACCACACCAGCUACUGCCACCCGCAGUCCGGAGUGUGUCUGAACUGUGAGGGAAACACCCAGGGAUCCAACUGUGAGGAGUGUAAACCCAGUUUCUUCCGCGACACCCGAACCCCCCCAACUGAACCCUGUGCUCCAUGUCCCUGCUCCAACUCCACCUCCACCAGCACCUGUCACACUGCACCGCGGCUCAUUCCCACACCAGCAGGUACAACCACGACAGAGGCCCCCACAUUCAUCACACCCUCCCCCUCCACGUCUACCACCAGCACCACUUUGACCUCCUCCUCAACAGCCAGAGGCAUCCCGGCCUUCACUUCCAGCAGCAACACGAGCGCCGUGCUGACCACCACCACCACCAUCCAGGCUCUGCUGACCAGCCUGAGCAGCCCCACUGACAACACCACGGCUGCCCUGACUGAAGUCUCCUGGACGCAGUUCAACAUCAUCAUCCUGGCUGUCAUCAUCCUGGUGGUGCUGCUGCUACUGGGAUUUGUUGGAGGCGUGUAUACCUACCGGGAGUACCAGAACCGCAAGCUAAACGCCCCCUUCUGGACCAUAGAGCUGAAAGAGGACAACAUCAGCUUCAGCAGCUACCAUGACAGCAUCCCCAACGCUGACGUGUCGGGCCUGCUGGAGGAUGAGGCCAACGAGGUGGCACCCAACGGCCAGCUGGCGCUCACAACGCAGGGCAAUUGCUACAAGGCUUAGCACACCAUCCACCCCUAAGCUGGACACCUAGAUUUACAGAUGACACAAAGCUGCUGGAAAGUACCAAAUCCAAAGCUCCUUCAUGUAUGACUGCUUGUUGUUAUCUUGCUCGGCUACGAUUCUUCACAACUCUGCAAAGUGACAGCACUGGUCAAGCAGAUCUGAUCAAAGAAAUGAAAGAGUUUUUUUCCAUUUUUGAUUAUGAUUUUGUUUGGAAUUAGUGAAAUGGAUCCAAAGAAAAGUGUUUGUCUGAGUUGUGCCUGGAGAGGGCACUGUUGUGCACAUUAGUUGGGUAAUUGGCAUUGCAUAAAACAUGUGCAGAGCGUCCACCUGUGUGAUCCUGACACCAGGGAGAGAGGCUACAAGACAGCCUAGCAUUUCAGAUGUUUUUAAAAAGGACUUUUGACUGUUUAAGUUAUAAGUGGAUCACCUGGAGCAGUGAUCUGAAACUGAGACAAUGAUUGUUAUUUAAUGAAUUUUUAUUCAGUUCUUAUUUAUUGGUUGACGUUUCAUCCUUGGGAGAAAUGCUGCACAUGUAUGAUGUGUUUAUUCAUGGUGUUUUAUCUUAACGUGCUGUCGAAUGGUAAUUUGAAUUGGCCAAUAUGUUCUCAUGUAUAGUUUGUGUGUUUUGGAGAGAGUCGUAAGGGGAGAUGAAGGCUGCUGGCACAAGCAUUAUAACAACCACACCUUUUGUUUAUAUUCCUUUCUGUUAAAGCGUGCCAGCUCACCUGAAGUCUAAGAGGAGUGUUCCUUUUAAAGAUGCAUCCACCAUUUAUAAACUCUCACAUUUGACACUACUGCAGGGCUAAACCGCCAUAAUCUGCUUGUGAUCUAAUCAGCUCUUUGCUGUCUACCUCAGCAAAAGUUGGAUAAACCAUUAAAACAAUGUUUCACAUACGUUAGAGGCCAGGUUCAGGACGUGUGAUGUCUACAACAUGAACAGUAUUCUAGUAUUGAUACUUUUGCUAUGGAGUGAAAACUACCCAGAGAGCGCAAAAACACUUGCAAACAGACAAAAAAAAAAAGGCCGAAAUCAUCAUCAGUUUAAUAACACGAACUACAGAUACUCACAACAUAACCAAAUACACAAACACGCUGCACAGACAACAAUAGUGUUUCCAGGGGACAUUAAAACUGAUGCACCUGGCUGGAACACACUUAAAUACAUAAUAUAAAAAUAUAUAAAACUUGUAUAAUAAAAACAUCUAUGUUCACUUGUUGGUCAAUGCUUUUAACUUCAAAAGUCACAAAGCAUUGAAAAACACUUGCAGUUUUCUGUUGGUUUUUUUUGUUUGUGUAUUUGACUGUGAGUAUCUGCAGCUCAUGUGUUGUCAUACUGAUGAUUUUCUCAGGUUUUCUGUGUGUUGUGUUGAGCUCUCUGGGCCACCGUAGAAACAACCUGCACAUAGUGAAAGCCUUGUUGUUCUCACGUACAGUUGCAUCAGUGAGCUGCUAUAAAAUCAAUGCACUUCAAAGCUUCACACCUGAUCCUGGACGUGGAUCAUGUGUUUUCUGUGUUGUUUCGGUUACCAUUGGUUGGGUGCGCUUCUUUUUACCAUGGUGAAUGAGUAAAGCUAAUUAUGGAACUAACUCCUCAGGUACUGGCUCUUUCCCUAAUGUGAUCACUGUAAAUAUGAUUACUGUACAGAUGAAUGUGAAUAGUAACGCUAUUAAUGUACAGGUAGGAUACUGUGUGUACACUGUCACUCUAAAGCUCCAACCUUUUACUCUGGAGGGUGAUGUCGCUGUCAGCCCACGGCUUUUUCUAUUUUUAUUUUUAUUUCUUAUUAUCAGUGGGCUUUGCCAUAUUCACAACUGCAGGACUAAGAACCAUAACCCAGAACUUUGAACAAAGAAUGAAAUGAUGUAAAUAAUACCCCAACAUUGGAGCUCAACUCUCAAAUAAAAAUGGGAUUAACUGUU